AAAAAGGUAAAACUGAGGGCACCGCCAGAGCAGAGUGGCAGGAGGAGAGUGCAGUAGAGUCGCACAAAGAGAACCAGAGGAGGAGCGAUGGCCUUCAACGGGACCUGGAUCGAGUACAAAAAUGAAAACUUUGAUGAAUUUCUUGCAGCUUUGGGUGUGGACGCCGUGAGGAGGCAACUGGCUCGGAAUAUAUCAUUGCAUGUGACCAUAAAGCAGGAUGGUGAGCAUUUUACCGUAUUUGAAAAAAGCAAACUACGCUCAAAGGAGUUGACCUGGACCUCGGGCGAAGAGGUGGAGGGGGAGGAUCCUGACGGGACAAAGAUAAAGGGCACCUUCACUCUUGAAGCCCCGAAUAAGUAUGUUGGCCAUUUCCAGAGGAUGUCUGAUGGCAAGCAGAUCAAGAUCUCCCGGGAGGUGGACGGUGAUGAGAUGCUGCAGUUAACCAGUAUAAACGAUGUGGAAGUGCGGAGAUAUUUCAAAAGGAAAGCAGAAUGAUGACAGUGAGGUCGUGUGGCUUGCAGACAAAAUGGCAGACCCCUGGCAACCAGAGGAUGAUGAGCACAGACCGAAAGUCAAGAAGUUCAAUUUGAAUCAAAAUCUGUUCACUAAAUAAU